AUGCGCUCGUUCUCUCAAAUUUACUUCUUUGUUUAUCAUACUUGUGCAUAUUCAAGUGUUUGCACUUCCCCAUACUCAAUUUAUUUUUCGUCUUUUUUCACAGACGAACUUCCGCAAGAGAGCAGCACUCUGGAGGGCGAGGAGUGUGAGGAGGACGAAGGUGAAGCUGCCGCCCACACGCCCCCACACCACUACGGCAACCCACACCCAUUCAGCCCAUACUCCAGGCCGCCAUACCACCCUUACCCGCCCCACUUCCCGCGACGGGGCGGCGCCCCCCACCACGGAUACAGACAUUUCGAUAAGAGGUUCGACAAAAACUUCGACAGGCAUGGCGGCUUCGACAGGUACCCCAAUGAGAACCUGAGGAACUUCGAGAACAGAGGCCCCUACGGCAAGCCUCCAUUUUACGAGCGGCACUACUACUACGACAAGUACUACGGUCGCCCGCCAUUCUGCGCGGACCCCAACUUCAAAUUUGGCUAUGUGGAGCGAGGGCGCCGCCCCUUCAGGCCGUAUGGGCGACACGGGUUCUUCCACCGGGGGUUCUCCGGGUACUUAUCUGAUGGGGGUCACCCGAAGGACCUUAACGGCUACGCGGGUCAGGAAGAGGAGGAAGAAGAGGACUGGGAAGAGAUACGAGCACUGGAGCAGAGUGGGAUGGAGGGAGGAGAGAGACCAUCACAGCCAGUACACACAGUCAUGAUCAACAAUGAGGAGUACACGAAAAUCCAGACGCCGCGGCAGGAGGUGAACUUCAAGAAAAAGCUCGCUUGACCGCAAGCAAGAUUCACUCGAUCAGGCCUCUGUCACCGGCUCCAUGACCUCCAGCAGCGGGUCGUGUAGCACCAGCGGUUGCCGAGGCGGUGACCGCACUCCAGGCAGCCCUGGCGGUAGCGGGGACCAGCUCUCCGGGGAUCAGGUGUCACUCUCAGGAUCUAUGGAGGACAAAAACACUCUCCGUGGGGGGCGACGAGCCCUCAG